AUGGAGACAGCUUAUUUUCAAGCAGUGUACGACGAGGUGCACGGGGACGCAGCUAUUGAGGCCCUAGCAUACGGUGGGGCCCCCAGAGCGGGGGUACCGCUAAAGGGUUUGGGGGCCCCCAUAAAGGGUUUGGGGGCCCCCCUAAAGGUGUUAAGGGGCCCCUCUGCAGUAGAUGCGUACUAUGAUUUUAUAUCUUCGCAUUCCUUUUCAAUUUGUCUCCCCUUUCGCUUAAGAGCUGUGGGGGCCCCAAAGGGGGCCCCCUGCAACUUCUUGGGCUUUGGGGGCCCCCAGGGGGGCCCCUAUGGGAGGCCGGAAGAGGGGCUCCCUGAAGGCGAUUGCCCUGAUGCAGCUGCUGCAGCAGCUGCAGCUGCUGCAGCUGGGGGCCCCCCAAGUCCUGUGUGGCUGAGCACCUUGUACGCAGUGGAGUUGUCUUUCUCUCUUUCUCCUUCUUAUGAGCCCCUCUCGAGUGUCUGCAUACCUUUCCUGCAGUGCCCUCUAGGGGGGCCCCCCGGGGGCCCCUCAGGGGGGCACCAAGGGGGGCCCUCAGGGGGGCCUCAUGGGGAGGGCCCCUUGACAGAGCAGGAGGAAGAGAUACUGCAGAAGGCCUCUCAGGAUGCCUUUCCCUUCGACUAUGAAAUAAUUCUCAAGCUGCAGCCGAUUCGGCCGGAGCCUGCGGUGUUUUCAGUGGAGACAAAUUUUAUAGACAGUGAAGGGGCAAUGUACAUCGGCAGCUUGUCUCCUUUCUCUGUCUCCUUACAGGACCUCUUCUUACCCGGAGUGCUGCGUAUAAGAAGAUUGGCUUGUGUGUGGUGUUUGUGGGGUGUACAGACACUAGAUUUGGAGCGAGCGGUGGUGCUGCAGAUGAUAGAAAUGUCUCUAAAACCUUUCUUAAUUGAGGGUGAUUGUGUCUCCCUGGAUAAGCGGCAUCAGCAGCAGCAGCAUGCGCUGCAGCAGCAGCAGUUGCAGCAAAACCAGCUGCAGCAGCUGCAGCAACUGCAGCUGCAGCAGCAGCUGCAGUUGCAGCCAAAGCAGCACCUACAGCAGCUACAGCAGCUGCAGCAGCAGCAGCAUUUGCGUCUGUUUGUGUCUGCAUGCAUGCAGGACGACUCCAUGCAAGAAGGAAGAGAGGAGGAGUCGCCUGCUGCUGAAACAGGGGCCCCCUCGUCGAGACCCUUCUCCUUGGGGACCCCUUCCCUUGGGGGGCCCCCCCUCUCGGGGGCCCCCAAAGACAGUGCGCCAUCUACUGAGAGACCCAUGACCAGGGGAGAUGAACUGGAGGAGCAGCAGCAGCAAUCUUCACCUACGGCAGCAGCAGCAACAGCAGCAGAAGCAGCAGAAGCAGCAGCAGAAGCAUCAGAAACAGCAACGGCAACAGCAGCAGCAGCAGAAACCCCACAACUUCAAUCUAUGGAGGUGUUUGUAGACCAAUACUUUGAGGGGCAAGUGCCUUAUGAAGAUAUCCUUGAGGGUUGUAGCAGGCCAGAGGCCCCUUAUCUUUCUCGAAUGGGGGGCCCCCUAGAGGGCACCCCUUCUGUGGGGGCCCCCCCUGAGGGGGCCCCUUCCCCUUCUGUGGGGGCCCCCCAUGAGGGGGCCCCUUACCUCGGGGGGCCCCCCAUCGAAACCCUGCAUGCACUUAUCUUCCUCCCUCCCCGCUACCACCUGCUGCUGAAGUUUAAUAUAUCUGCAGCAACAACUGUUGUACGCUGCGCCACUGAUCGAUGGGAGGCCCUCGGCUACCUAGAGGCCUUCUUCGCUAGAACAUAUGCACUUGCUAUUGCAACAAGGGGCCCCCAGGGGGGCCCCCCUGAGGGGCCCCCUACAGAGGGGUCCUAUCCUAAGGGGGCCUCCUAUGAGGAGCCCCUUCCAGAGGGGGCCCCUCAUGAGGGGUCUUCUCCAGAGGGGGCCCCCGCUGAUGGGGCCUCCUCUACAGAGGGGGGCCCCCCUGAUGGGGCCCCCUCCAAGGUGGAGGUGGAAAGCUGGGGGCCUCAGUAA